CAUUGUUGUUUAUUUAUGUAAGCUUUUUAUGUAAUAUACCUACUAAGGGCACUGUUGCCAUCUAGUGUACCAUUUUUCGCAUGGUAUCUAAUGCAGGAGCUCGCCACGGAUGUUUUGUGACGCAAUAAAAUGCAUGUCAAAAGAAUUCGUUAUGACGUCACACCGCGUAACCGCUACUGAGUCUGUGCGUGGCUUUCAGAAGUCUAUGAAUGAUUAAUAUCACCUCUGAACGCGGAUCGAGUUUAACCCACAUCAGCCACAACAAACGCAGACACGCACAAUAACAUUAUCAGGAUGAGUGACAGCAGUCAAUCAAAGAAGUCGGACAGCGGGAGUCAGGUGAGCAGAGUAUCUUGCCCACAGGUUCCUCCACUUUGUGCACCACAUUACUCUCAAACAAGCUCAAAUGGCACAGAUCAACACACAUCCUAUCGUAUGAUGAGCCACUACCUGCGUGCCAAUAUCUUCCCCGGGCCUGCAGUGGAGUGGUCCUCUCUGGUUAAGGACUCGUAUGUCCAUCAUCCUCUACCAGCCUUCAUCCAAGAUCCAGACCAUUGGCACGGUCACAAAACCGAUGACUUGGUGAAAUGGACCGAGCAGAACUUUCUCGACAAAAGACUGCAUAAGCUGCUGAAGGAAGUGGAGGUCAAGGGUGUGUCCAAAUAAGCCUGACAUUUGGAGUGCAUUUGAAAACCGCAGCAAAUAAACAAUCACACCUUCAGAAGUGUUUUCUUUACACCCGCAGAGAGACACGCUCUGCUUUUACGUAUUAGUACACACACAUGUGAGGAUCAAUAUUCACACGUGCACCUCCUACUCAUCACAACUGCUACAUUUUUUUUCAUCUGCAAUAUCUCACUUGCAGAUGCAGUCAUUGUAAUUUGCAUUGGCAGAUGCUUUAAUCCAAAGCGAUUUACAUUGCAUAACACUACAUACAUUUUUUUAUCAAUAUGUGUGUUCACUUGGUUCCAACCCAUGACUUUUUCACUAUGUGUGUUCUCUGGGAUCGAACCCAUGCACUUUUGAGCUGCGAAUGAAAUGCUCUACCACUGAGCUAUACGGGAGCACAUUUUAAUGAGACAUUGACCUUUUUGUUUCCAGAGGACUGGGUGAAAAGCAAAUGUUUUAUACAAGUAAAAGCAAAGGGUAUCAUUUACAUUUAAAUGUACAUUAAGGGUUAAUUUCCAGUUUACCAGUGGCUUUAUUUUAAAAGUUUGGUUAUGGUGGAUUUUACCCUAUAAUGUCCAAAUUAUAGCCAUAUUUUAGUGAUAAUUUUAGAAUAUUAUUAGAUAUUAUUGAACUUUUACUGUAUAAAAAUGCUAUAAAAAGGAUUUCACUAUGAGCAAUACAAUAAACUAGAUGUAAUUUUGGACCAA